GGUUUCAAACCUGUGGAGGACAAAGUGAUUCAUAAACAGCUCGUUUGAAUUCAUGCUCAUUCGUAAACAAUAAUAGUUAAUGUAUUCGUUUGGACUAAUUUAAAGUGUCGCUUUACAUUAAUGUAUUCGACUCGGACUAACGGAUUCAUCAACGCUAAAGCUCUAUCGGUCUGUUCAGAACACAAAAACACACACAGGAUUUAACGUGUUUCUGAAUCCCCACCAUCAAGACAAGCAAAAGAAACUGAAGAUCUCCGGUGGAAAUGAAGAUUCAAUUAAUUAAUUAACGGUCAGCUGAUGCGUCGAGGAAAAGCGGCGCUGGUUUCCAUUGGUAACGGGCACGCGCACAGAUUUCACCACAAACACUCGACUCUCCAGCGGGCGAUCAGAUAUGUCUUUAAAACAGAAGAAGGGGCUCAGGAGCUCUAUAGAUGAUGUGUUGGGAGAUCUGCUGGGUGAUGAUGAUGAUGUUGAUGAUAAAGGUCCAGUGAAGGUGCGGUCGAUGACCUCAUCAUCAUCUGUGUCCAGCAGACCUGCAGCCGGACUCACAUCACACAGCGGGAAGAGGUCUCUGCUGGAUGAUGAUUUCUUCAGUAAACUGGCAGAAGAGGCAGAGAAAGACGAUGAGGGCUCGGAGGUCUCGGAGGCUGACCCUGCCGCUCUGCUGGACAGCAUGAAGGACAUAGAUGACAUGGACGCGGAUCUCUUCGGCUCCAAGAAGAAGAAGAAGCCCAGUUCAGCUCCUCCUCAGAGGAAAGAAGGGAAAGCUGCAAACCCAGGAGAUAAAACAAAAAGCAGAGAAGAGAUGGUCACUGAGGACAAAAAGCCCAGUUCUGCUCCAGCGUCCACAGCGAGAACGUACAAGAAGUUCAGUUUUCUGGAUAACCUGGACGAUUCACUUGAUGAUUUAUUGGAUGAUCUGGAAGACAAGCAGAAGACGGGGAAGAAAACCGAGCCAGCAUCCUCUUCUUCACCAGUCAUUCCUCAGAAAACAGAGACAGCAGCUGCUGUGAAGAAGAAAGACGAUCUGAUGUUUGAUGAUGAUGGAGAUGAUCUGAUGGACGCGCUGGGCUUUGGAGAAACACAAAAAACACAUGGAAAUGGAGCGACACAGAAAAAGGACAGUCUAACUGAUCGUCCUCCGAGAGCUCGCACACGUCUGGAUGAGCUCUUAGGCCGUGGGACGUCCCCUCGUCUGCUGGAGAGACCAGCAACCGGGGAGAAAAAAGACACGAAACCAACAGAGAAACUGACAGAAAAAGAGACUGAGAAACCACCAGAGAAAAACUCAGCAGGGAGAGGCUCUGUGAUGGAUGAGGAGGACUUCGCAUUCGGCUCUUAUCAGCCCACAAUGGGCUCGACCCCAGAGGGCCGUCAGUCCCGCAGACAGUCUGUCAGAUUCUCGACUGAGGACGUGAGCUCUCACUCUCCCGAACACAAGCCCAAACCCUCCGCUCGCUCCACACGACCCAGAUCCGACUGGCUUGGCCUGAAGCAGGAGGAAGAGGAGGAAAAGCUGAAGGAGGAGCCCCAAAAACCACCUCCAGUAGAAACCCUGAAGCCUCCUGCAUCUCCCUCCGCAAACACACACAAAGACACGCAUGAUUUACAGAGAGCCGAAUCACCGGCCGCACCCGCGCCUCCCAAAACCAGCUCUAAAACUCUGAACGACGAGGAAGACGAUUGGCUCACCGGAGCACUGAGCCGCAAGAAAACACCGAGCCUUGCAGAAGACAGAGAGCACAAACAGGAAGUGCGGGAGGAAGUGGAUGUGUUUACUAGCUCUAAAUCUAAUGUGUCUUCAGCAUCACGAAGAAGAGUGGAUGAGUCCCCAAUCCCAAUUACUGAACACAGCAGAGAGUCCACCGGGAGCUCAAUCCAACACAACACAAGCACAGACCGUCAACACAAACCUGUGUUUCAGUCCCAGAAGACAACAGUGGAGGAAGCUGUACCUGUGACACAAACACACACACCUCUGUCAGCGGACACACUGCAGCAGAUACUCAUUCAGCAACAGUUGUCUCAGUCUCGUCUGUGGGGUUUGAGCGGCUCUGAGAGACACAAAGACACGGAGCAUCAUGGAGACACAGCAACACUGCAGAAGCGCAUCAUUCAGCUGGAGGCACAGGUGAGGAGUUUACAGCUGGAGAGAGACCAGAAUCAGCUGCUGCUAGAGAGUGUUCAGCAGAGACACAAACAAGACACUGAGCUGAUGGAGAACAUGCACAGAGCUCGUGUGAAGCUGCUGGAGGAAUCGUCCGCUCAGCGAGAGCAGCGCUCGCGGCAGGAGAACGAGGACCUGGCGGAGAGACUGGCUGUGGUCACUCGUCUGGCGGAGCAGGAGAGAGCAGAGCUACAGACGCAGCACCAGCGCAGACUCCUGCAGAGCCAACAGGACCGAGACAGAGAGGUGGAGAGACUGCGAGAGCUGCAAAGGAAGUCCAUCCUGGAGAUGAAGAGAGAUCAUGAGGAUCAGAUCCAGCGUCUGAAGAAGCUGAAGGACGAGGAGAUCGAUGCUGUGACCAGUGCUACAUCACAGACCAGGUCUCUGACAGCAGUGAUCGAGCAGAUGGAGCGCUUCUCCCUCAGGUUGGGUGAUCUGUCGUCCCGUGUGGAGAGUUCACACGAAAACACAACACAGGGGCUGGAGAUCGGAGCCCGGCAGAGAGACGAGCAGCUCAGAGUGCUUCAGGAUCGCCUGGCGCAGCAGCAGAGAGAAAUGACUGAGGAGAGAUCCAGACUCAAAGAGGUGAUCGGCAGGAUGGACACACAGCUGGCGGAGCAGCAGAGACAGCUGGAGAAGGAGCGCUGGAGAGUGAUGGCGGAGCAAGCUAAAGCUGAAUCUUCCCUGAGAGGGCUGGAGGAGGAGCGACGGACCAUGAUGCAACACUCCAGCAUGGAGAGAGAGGAGCUGGAGAGGGCAAAGAGCGCUCUGCUGGAAGAGCAGCAGUCCGUCAUGCAGCACUGUGCUGAAGAGCGCAGGAAACUGGCGUCUGAGUGGAGCCGCUUCCACACGCAGGAGAAACAGCGGCAGGAGAGAGCGGAGAGAGAAACUGCUCGAGCGCUGGAGAGAGACACACACCGAGAGGACACCAUCAUCAGCCUGGCACAGGAGCAGGCGGACCUGAAGCUGCGCACAGGAGAGCUGAAGCAGAAGGAGGACUCGCUGCAAAGAGACAGAGACGCUCUAGACAGAGACAGACUCCAGCUGGACGGAGAGAAGGAGAAGCUGAGCAGCACCGCUCUGACACUCAAAACACGAGCACACGAGGUGGAGGCUUUCAGUAAGCUGGCGUCUGAACGCUUCGAGGAGGGAGAGAGAGCGCUGAGAGAGGCCAGACAGGUGGAGGCCGAACACCAGACACGACUGCGCAACAUACACGCACAGAUGGAGAGACUGCGACAGCAAGAGCACAGCCUACAGCAGGAGCGCAUGAGGAUGACGGAUCAUCACAGAGACGUGGAGCGACUGAAGCACACUCUUCCCAUCAGCCCUCUGGCCUCCACUCAGCCACUCAUCACAAGUCUGUCUCCAGUGUUAACCAGCACACACCUGAACACCUCUGUGAACCCGCUGCCCACUGAACUACAUGCCAGACUUGCCAUCAUCAAACACACUGCUGAGAAGGACAGAGACUUCCUGCAGGAGGAGCAGUACUUCCUGGAAACGCUGAAGAAAACAUCAUACAACUCCUUCAACACAUGACACACACACACACAGGGAACAUUUGUAUACAUUUAUUC